AUGGCUAAUCUAGGCCUAAUAUUUCAACUUGCCCACAUUGUGGCUUUCCAUUUGAUGAUGAUGCAAGCCAAGUCCUCCUUUAAAUUCACCAAUAUUAAAUGCUUAGAUCAUGAUGUUAAGUUUUCCAGUUUUGAAAUAUGCAAACUUUCGGUUGUAGGACGUGGUCUGGUCUCUCUGAAUAUAAAGGUGGGAUUAUACAAAACACCAGUUACAAACUCGACGAUCAAUGUGGCAAUCUAUAAAAAGGCCAAUGGCUUCAAACCCUUCCUCUACAACUAUACCGUUAAUGUCUGUGCCUUCUUUGCCAAUCGCAAGAGGUAUCCUGUUAUUAAAGUGCUUUUUGAUAUAUUCCUUCAACAUUCAAAUUUAAAUCAUACUUGCCCUUACUACGAUGCCAUUGUGGUCAAGGAUCUAGUGCUUAAUGAGAAUAUGUUUCGGCUUUUACCUCUUCCUGAAGGUGAAUACAUGUUUAAGUUGAAAGUGUUUGCCUAUAACGACCUCAAGGCUACAACCGAAGUUAUUUUGUUUCGGAAAGAUUCAUUAAUGCCUUAA